AUGGUGAGCGCGCGCGCUGCCGGUGGUAUGGGCGGCAUGACACCACCGCCAUCCCGUGCCUCCACGCAACUUGGGUUUCGCACCCGCCACAGCAAGCGCGCAGCAGCAGCGACAGCAGCAGCCACCUACCCAAGUGAUGGGGCAGCCUUGGGCUCGCACGACACCUCCAGGCACGACAGCAGCGACAGCAGCGACGACGACAAUGACGACGAUGACAGCAGCCAUGCCAAGCAUGGCAACUACCAGCACGCCAUCCAUGACAGCGCCAUCCAUGACAGCUACAAGCACGCCAGCAGCAUCAUCUGUGUGGAGGCCACUGUCGUCUGCUGGCACGGUGCAGCCCACAACCUCCACACACGCUGCUGCCACGGCUGCGCCGACACACGCGCCCACAUCCACAUGGGCCUCACAAGCCACCGCUCCACACACAACCGCAACGAGUGCUGCAACACCAGCCAGUACUCCACCCGUGAUAACGCAGCCAACAUGUGUUGCAUCCACAACACCAGCAGUCACACCGGCCUCAACAGCGGUGGCAGCAUCGGCAGCACGGACGACGACGACGGCAGCGACAGGCCAAUACACCCCCGUCGGCGCCCCGACCACCACGAACGUGGCGGUGACAUCAGCACCAGCUGCAGCUCCUGCCACUUCAACGUCAAUGAUGACAGCAAGCAGUCGUGCCACGCCCACGGCGCUCACAGCCGCUGUUGGGGCACCACCAUCAACCACUGCCCCUGCGCCAACAUCCACAACGACAGCGACAACACCAAUGCCAAUCGCACCAUCGUCGUCGUCGUCGUCGUCUUCGCUGGCUACAUCGAUAGCAGCUCCUGGCGCGACACAGCCCGCCACGGCAUCGCACCAGCAGCUGCAACAGCAACACCAGCAGUCGAAUCUGCAAACAGCCGUGCCAGCAACAACCUCGCCCGCUGUCACCGCCACCGCGUCUACAGGGGCACCAACAACGACAAUAACAGCGCCGGCAGCAACAACAGUGGCAGCAUCCUCAGCACCACUGAUACCAGCUCCUUCAUCAACGGCACCAGUGACAAUGCCAAGUGCAUCCCACACAACCACACCAACGACGCCUGCAGUCGCUGCCACCACCAUCACCCCAUCUGCCGUGAUGAGCAUGCAGCGCCAGCCCCAACAGCACAUGGCAACAGGAACAACAGCGCCGGCAACAACAACGACGACAACGGGAGCGAGUGCGACAGCCAGUGGAGCAGCAGCAGCAGCAGCGGGCCAGCGUUCAUCGAUGGUGUCACACCCAAUGCUUGUCACCAAGCAGCAUCAGCAGCAGCAGCCUCAGCAGCACCUGUCUGGGCUGACCAGCGGGGAUUCGCGACCUGUGACAACGACAACAACGACGACAACGAUGGCGACGCGGCCCGCCCUUGUGCCACUGAGCAUGCCGCAGCCAACGACAACAGCCCCAGUAUCGGUGUCAGCAUCAGCGCCACCGCCUGCAUCGUCAUCAUCAUCGUCGUCAUCGCUGUUUGCGAGCGUGCCUUCCACGGCAGCGAUGGCGGGAGGGGCGCGAGUGACGGCCGCACACAUGACCGUCACUUCAUCAUCAGCCAUGUCUGGUGGAGUCAACCCAACCCAACACCAUCAGUAUCAGCAGCAACAGCAACACCAGCAUCAGCAGCAGCAAUUAUCAUUCCCUCCAGCAUCGUCGUCGUCGUCGCCGUCGUCGUCAUUGUCGGCCGCGUACAAGCCCGCGCUUGCAGUGACAACCGCUCCGGUCAGCUCCGCUGCAACAACAACAACAACAACAACAACAACAAACACAGCAGCAGCACCAGCAGUGGCCGCCAGAACCACGGCAGCCUCAACGACGGCAACAUCAACAGCGACCACGGCAUGGCAAAUUGGUGCGGCGAACCGCGCCACCCCCGCCACAGCUGCGACUCCAACAACAGCACCGUCGGGAAGGGUGGGUGUUGUGCCAACAGUGGCAUCAUCGUCACCAGUCCUCAGCUCUGCUGCGGCAACACCAACAGGCUACAGGCCCUGGCAACAACAACACCAACAACAGCACCAGCACCAGCAGCGGGCAGCGGUGUCUGGGGUGCCACUGCAGAGCGGGCUGGUGGCGUCCUCGUCUUCGGGAGUCACGAUGGGCAUUAG